AUGAGGUGUGAAUCGUUUGAUAAGGUGGUUCAUCGUCUCCACUUGAUCCUCCUGACAUGGAUUUUGUUGACUAUUCAAGCUAGAUCAAUGUCAGGAGAGAGGUCUACGUAUAUCAUCCACAUGGACAAGUCUGUGAUGCCCAAGGUUUUCGCAACCCAUCACCACUGGUACUCCUCCAUCCUUCAUGCUAUAAAGACUGACACUCCCACAACAUCCGCCGGCCUUCAGUCCACUGCCCGGCUUAUCUAUACUUAUGAUCACGCUCUCCAUGGCUUCAGCGCUCUUCUAUCUUCACAAGAGUUGGAGAGUUUACGUGAAUCCCCAGGGUUCGUUUCAGCUUACCGUGACAGGGCAGUCACACUUGACACCACCCACACUUUUGAAUUUCUCAAACUCAACCCUGUCACUGGUCUAUGGCCUGCAUCGGACUAUGGCGAAGACGUCAUCGUUGGCGUUAUUGACAGCGGUGUCUGGCCGGAGAGCCCCAGCUUCAAAGAUGACGGUAUGACCCAAAUUCCUGCAAGGUGGAAGGGUACAUGUGAGGAAGGUGAAGACUUCAAUUCUUCCAUGUGUAACCGAAAGCUCAUUGGAGCUAGAUCAUUCAUUAAGGGUCUGAUAGCGGCAAAUCCUGGCAUUCACGUAACAAUGAACUCGCCUAGGGACUCAUUUGGGCAUGGGACUCAUACUUCGUCCACCGUUGCUGGGAAUUAUGUGGAAGGUGCAUCCUACUUUGGUUAUGCCACGGGAACUGCAAGAGGGGUUGCGCCCAGAGCCAGGGUGGCCAUGUAUAAGGUCGCCGGCGAAGAAGGGCUCACUUCUGAUGUAAUCGCUGGUAUUGAUCAAGCCAUCGCUGAUGGCGUUGAUGUGAUUUCUAUUUCCAUGGGAUUUGAUUAUGUGCCAUUGUAUGAAGAUCCAAUAGCUAUAGCUUCAUUUGCUGCUAUGGAGAAGGGCGUAUUAGUUUCAUGUUCUGCAGGGAAUGCUGGCCCACUUCCUCUUGGGACAUUACAUAAUGGAAUACCAUGGAUCUUGACAGUCGCAGCCGGUACUAUAGACCGUUCAUUCACUGGAACUUUGACUCUUGGAAAUGGGUUAACCAUUACUGGAUGGACCAUGUUUCCUGCAAGUGCUGUUGUUCAAAACCUUCCUCUUAUUUACGACAAGACUUUAUCUGCGUGCAAUUCAUCAGAGUUGUUAUCUGGCGCACCUUAUGGCAUCAUCAUAUGCCACAACACCGGAUAUAUCUAUGGUCAAUUGGGUGCGAUCUCUGAGUCAGAAGUUGAAGCUGCUAUAUUUAUUUCCGAUGAUCCCAAAUUAUUCGAGUUGGGCGGUCUAGACUGGCCUGGCGUGGUGAUUAGCCCGAAAGAUGCGCCGGCUCUGAUUGAUUAUGCAAAAACUGGUAAUAAACCAAGAGCCACCAUGACAUUCCAACAGACCAUUGUGAAUACAAAACCUGCACCUGCAGUUGCUUUUUACACGUCAAGAGGUCCUUCACCCAGCUGUCCUACCAUCUUGAAGCCGGACGUAAUGGCACCUGGGUCACUGGUUUUGGCUGCUUGGGUUCCAAAUCGUGAGACAGCAAGAAUUGGGACAGGUUUGUCCUUGUCCAGUGACUACACCAUGGUCUCCGGCACAUCCAUGGCUUGUCCGCAUGCGUCUGGUGUGGCUGCGCUCCUCAGAGGUGCACACCCGGAGUGGAGUGUAGCAGCUAUCCGGUCAGCCAUUGUGACCACAGCAAACCCAUAUGAUAACACUUUUAAUCAUAUUCGGGACAACGGUUUGAAUUUCACAAUUGCUUCUCCUCUGGCAAUGGGAGCUGGCCAAAUUGAUCCAAACGGAGCACUUGACCCAGGUCUAGUAUACGAUGCAACCCCACAAGACUACGUCAACCUCCUCUGCUCCAUGAACUUCACCAAAAAGCAAAUCUUAACCAUUACUAGAUCAAACACUUACACUUGCCCCAAAACAUCUCCAGACUUGAAUUACCCAUCAUUCAUUGCUCUGUACAGCCAAAAUGACAACAAAUCAACAACAGUGGUUCAGAAAUUUCAAAGAACUGUAACGAAUGUAGGAGAUGGCACAGCAACUUAUCACGCUACAGUGAUAGCUCCUAGAGGCUCCAAGGUCACAGUCUCACCGACGACUCUAGUCUUUGAGAAGAAGUAUGAGAAGCAGAGUUACACUAUGAGUAUAAAGUAUAAGAGCGACAAGGACGGGAAGAUUUCCUUUGGUUGGUUGACAUGGAUCGAAGACGAUGGAGAACACACAGUGAGGAGCCCGAUAGUGGUUUCACCGAAUAGUGACUUCAGUGUUCUUGUACUUUUGUAUGUGUGGCUCCUCCUUAUCCCUAUCUCACACCUCGUUUCCACGUUGGCACAGUCGGACACUUACAUUGUCCACAUGGACCUAUCAGCCAUGCCUAAAGCUUUCUCCGGCCAUCAUAGCUGGUACAUGGCUACCCUUGCGUCUGUGUCAGAUAAUACCGCUGCCACUGCUAACCCUUACUCCUCUUCCUACUCUUCUAAACUUAUAUACAGCUAUACUAAUGUAAUCCAUGGUUUUAGUGCAAUCCUUUCCCCUUCGGAGCUUGAGGCCCUGAAAAGCUUCCCGGGCUAUAUUUCUUCAUUUCCAGAUCUUCCUGUUAAAGCUGAUACAACUCAUUCUGCUAAAUUUCUUGGCCUGAAUUCCAACUCCGGAGCGUGGCCCAUGUCAAACUAUGGCAAAGAUGUCAUAAUCGGGUUGGUGGACACUGGAAUUUGGCCAGAGAGUGAAAGCUUUAACGAUGAUGGAAUGACCGAAAUUCCAUCUAGAUGGAAAGGAGCAUGCGAGAGCGGCACCCAGUUCAAUUCUUCAAUGUGCAACAAGAAGCUGAUUGGAGCUCGGUUCUUCAACAAAGGUCUAAUUGCCAAACAUCCCAAUGUGUCCAUCUCAAUGAAUUCAACCCGUGACACCGAUGGCCAUGGGACCCAUACGUCAACAACAGCAGCUGGAAAUUAUGUAGAGGGUGCGUCGUACUUCGGCUAUGGCUCAGGAACUGCUAGCGGCAUGGCUCCCCGAGCUCGUGUGGCCAUGUACAAGGCCCUGUGGGACGUGGGUGCCGUCGCAUCUGAUAUUAUUGCUGCAAUUGAUCAGGCAAUCAUAGAUGGGGUUGACGUCAUGUCCUUGUCACUGGGCUUAGACGGGGUUCUGUUGUAUGAAGAUCCCAUUGCCAUAGCCACAUUUGCAGCCUUGGAGAAGGAUAUCUUCGUAGCUACGUCAGCAGGAAACGAGGGGCCUUUUCUUGGAACCUUACACAACGGAAUUCCUUGGGUUCUAACUGUUGCUGCCAGCACCAUGGACCGCCAAUUCAGCGGGAUUGUGACCCUCGGGAAUGGAGUUUCAGUCAUCGGUUCCUCUCUCUAUCCUGCAAAUUCAUCUUUCAGCCAAAUCCCAAUUGUUUUCAUGGGUUCAUGCGAGGAUUUGACGGAAUUGAAGAAAGUUGGCUUUAAGAUUGUUGUGUGCCAGGACCAGAAUGACUCCUUAAGCAUCCAAGUUGAUAAUGCCAACACUGCGAGAGUGGCGGGAGGAGUCUUCAUAACAGAUUACCCCGACAUAGAAUUCUUCAUGCAAAGCUCUUUUCCAGCCACUUUUGUCAACCCUGAAAACGGAAAAGUUGUUAUGGACUACAUAAAGACUAGCUCUGAGCCAAAAGCAAGUAUAGAAUUUUCAAAAACAAUUCUUGGUGCCAAACGCGCACCAAGAAUGGCUACCUACAGCUCCAGAGGGCCGUCUCCAAGCUGCCCAGUGGUCUUGAAGCCCGACCUUACUGCCCCCGGCGCAUUAAUCUUGGCGUCAUGGCCAAAAAUUAACCCAGUGGCUGAUGUGAAUUCGCGGUUACUUUAUAGUGAAUUCAAUCUAUUGUCGGGGACAUCUAUGGCGUGCCCCCAUGCAGCAGGAGUAGGGGCACUUCUGAAGGGUGCACACCCUGAAUGGAGCCCCGCAGCCAUCCGGUCAGCCAUGAUGACCACUUCUGAUUCACUGGAUAAUACACUCAACCCCAUCAAAGGCAUUGGCGACGAUAACCAACCAGCCAGUCCCCUAGCCAUGGGAUCUGGCCAUAUCAAUCCCAACAAGGCUCUUGACCCAGGAUUCAUCUAUGACGUGAAUCUUGAAGACCAUAUAAAUCUCCUCUGUGCAUUGAAUUACUCCACCAAGCAAAUCCAAAUUAUCACAAGGUCAUCUUCCUACACUUGCUCCGACCCCUCCUUGGAUCUCAACUACCCGUCUUUCAUUGCCUCCUUUGAUGCAAAUGAUUCCAGAUCAGAUUCUAAAACCGUGCAAGAAUUUAGAAGAACAGUGACUAACGUCGGGGAAGCAAUGUCGACUUACAACGCUAAGCUGACAGGCAUGGACGGAUUUCAGGUGAGCGUGGUGCCUGACAAAUUGGUUUUCAAAGACAAGUACCAGAAGCUAAGCUACAAGCUGAGGAUAGAAGGCCCCAGUCUGAUGAAAGAGACGGUAGCCUUCGGUUCACUGAGCUGGGUGGAUGUUGAAGCUAAACAUGUGGUCAGAAGCCCCAUAGUGGCCACAAGGCUGAGCUUAGUAGCUCUGUGAGAAAUCAAGUGCUACUUCUGAAUUGUCUGCUUCAGCAUGUGAUCCUCUCCUUAAUUUGUUGAAUAAAUUUUUAUUUCCACUAAACUAUAAUAUGGAUUGGUGUUGGAGCUUCCAGUUCA